CGUUGUCAGCUGACUGCAGUAAAUUCACCGACCAGCAGCUGGAACAACAUCUUCUUGUCCAUCUAGACAUCUCUCUCCGAACCAAAUAAUGGCUAGCCAGUCCCAGGGUAUUCAGCAGCUACUGCAAGCUGAAAAACGAGCUGCAGAAAAGGUAGCAGAAGCACGUAAACGUAAGAACCGUAGGCUGAAGCAGGCCAAGGAGGAAGCCCAGGCAGAGAUUGAGCAGUACCGUACGCAGAGGGAGAAGGAGUUUAAGACCAAGGAGGCUGCGGCUCUUGGAUCCCAUGGUAACUCUGCUGUGGAGGUGGACAAAGAGACCGUGGGCAAGAUGGGCAGCAUCCAGACUAGCUACCAGCGGAACCGUGAAGGGGUGCUGGGCAAUCUGCUGAAGAUGGUGUGUGACAUCAAGCCAGAGAUCCAUGCCAAUUACCGUUUUUCUGGUUAGACCCCCCCCCCAAUCCCUUAAACUAAGGAAGCACUGAGACACUCCCAUUGUACUGCCACCAGUUGACAUACUUCAUUAAUACAUCUACGACACCCAUGAAUGGCGCAACAUCUUUCUCUGCCUACUCACUUGAACGCUCUAUUCAUAAGUCUUAUUUCCUCUAGAUAUAGAAUCAUCAGAUGGGUAUAAGAUUCACAUAGGUAAGCUAUACAUUUGUCCAGUCAAAUAUAAAGCAAAUUGACUCUCUCAAUUGGUUAAUCAAAGCAGGCAGAGGUUGUUUUGGUCCGAUGUAGUGCAAUGUCUCUGUGGUUCCGUCUUAUUGGCUUCUAGUAUCAAGGUGUUUCUGUGAUGGUUAGUGUGUGUCUUGCUAUGCAGUGUGACGUUUAUUUAUAUGGACAUAUUUUUGUUUUAUUUGUGGAGACCAAAAUACAGUACUUAUUUCAAUUAAUAGAAUUUUAGCCUAAAAAUAAACAAUUAAAUUGUGAAAAUCCAAUCUGUUUUGUUUAAAUGUUUUCCUGCUAUGAAUAUAAGAUCCUGUAUGUGUAGUGGACAUUCUUCUGUUCAGACAGCGUGACAUAAUGAAACUGUAAUAAAGUGUUCUGCUGACUUUAAUCUUAA